AUGCCCUUUACAAAGUCUAUAAAGGGCGCACCCAAAGAAAAUUUGGCCGCAUUUGGAAUAAUCUCUCAAGAUUUAGAAGCUUUAACCGCUUGCCAACGAGAAUGUACUACAAGGACCAGCAUGACAUUUCAAUUGGAACAAGAAGCUUAUUUAAGUGCACACCCAGAGGAGAGCAAACCACAGUUUAAGUUCAACGAUUUGGAUCUCACUUAUGAUUUGAAGAAUAUAGUGAUGAAGCACUAUCCUUCAGACCCGUGGAGAAUUCCUACACCAGUAGUCAGCACUCCCAACACCAUGUCGUCGUCGUUUCUAUCCCUUGCUACUUCAGAUACCACUCUUCCAACACCAGAGCCUAUUCCUACACCAGAGCCUACACUAUCGGAGACAAUGUUCGCCGUUGUUUCAAAUACCGUUGACAAAGCAAUAUUCUUGCAUGUCGAUGAUAGCUCCUUGCGUUACGACACAGCAUACGUCGAACUCAUGAAAGCAGUAGAGGAUGCUAUGGAAAUACCUGUUAUUGAAAUCAAGGAGGAUAUAGCGGAGCUGUUUUUUAACUCUUACAAAGAUUUCGAGACUAUAAUUCUAGAAAAAGAGAGGAUUGCCGCUGAGAUAGCGUGGGAGAAGCGAAUGAGGAAAAAGCUGAAGAGGACACUGAGAAGGCUCCACAAUUUCAGAGGUUACGAAACUCCACCUUCUCCAAAAAGUGAAAUAUCAUCUCAUGAGAGCUACAAGAUUCCUCCUCAGCGUCCAUGUGUUUGUCAUCCGCAAUUUCAUUACAAUAGAUACCCUAAGGACCGCUUUGGAAUCUACUUACCACGUGAAAAUAAGUUUCAAGACAAAAAUAUUACAUUGACCCCAGCUAUAUCGAUCGAGAGUCUGGACGAACCUAAUGAAGAAAACGCUGACACGAAGUCAAUUAUCAGUAAAAAAUCUGUGGUAUCUGGAAAGAGUACAGCAGUUAGCCAGAAAACUACUACUUUUAAAGUUUGA